AGAAAAUAACGAAGUUGAGAGGUCUCACUGGCGAAAGAAAGCUCUUGCAGCAGUGUCUACGACAAGGUGCAAAAAUAUACAAAGCUCCAUAAUUACUGAGACCACAUAGAGCAACCAUGAAUGAUAUUUCCCAGAAGGCUGAGAUUCUGCUUUCUUCAUCUAAACCUGUCCCAAAAACCUAUGUGCCAAAACUUGGCAAGGGUGAUGUAAAGGAUAAGUUUGAAGCCAUGCAGAGAGCCAGGGAAGAAAGAAAUCAAAGGAGAUCUAGAGAUGAAAAGCAAAGAAGAAGAGAACAAUAUAUUAGAGAGAGAGAAUGGAACAGGAGAAAGCAGGAGAUUAAAGAAAUGCUUGCUUCUGAUGAUGAAGAAGAGGCAUCUUCUAAAGUAGAAAAGGCCUAUGUCCCAAAGCUAACAGGAACUGUUAAAGGUAGAUUUGCUGAAAUGGAGAAACAAAGACAAGAAGAACAAAGAAAAAGGACAGAGGAGGAACGAAGACGCAGAAUUGAGCAGGAUAUGUUAGAGAAGAGGAAGAUACAACGUGAAUUAGCAAAAAGGGCUGAGCAGAUUGAGGACAUAAACAAUACGGGAACUGAAUCAGCAUCAGAGGAAGGAGAUGAUUCACUACUUGUAACAGUGGUACCUGUCAAAUCACACAAAACUUCUGGAAAGAUAAGAAAGAAUUUUGAAGAUCUAGAAAAAGAACGAGAAGAAAAAGAAAGGGUCAAGUAUGAAGAAGAUAAAAGAAUAAGAUACGAAGAACAAAGGCGAUCUCUCAAGGAAGCAAAAUGUCUUUCAUUGGUCAUGGAUGAUGAACUAGAAUGUGAGGCAAGAAAAGAAUCAGUUUCUCCUGGAAAAUUGAAACUAACUUUUGAAGAAUUGGAAAGACAAAGACAAGAAAACCAAAGGAGACAAGCUGAAGAGGAUGCACGACAACGUUUAGAAGAAGAGAAGCGUGCUUUUGAAGAAGCAAGGCGGCAAAUGGUAAAUGAAGAGGAGGAAAAUCAAGAAACAGAAAAAAUCUUAAAAGGGUACCGCCCUGGUAAACUCAAACUCAGCUUUGAAGAAAUAGAAAGACAAAGGAGAGAAGAUGAAAAAAGGAAAGCAGAAGAAGAAGCCAGAAAGAGAAUAGAGGAAGAAAAGAAGGCAUUUGCUGAAGCAAGGAGAAGCAUGGUGGUAGAUGAUGACUACCCGGAGAUGUAUAAAACAAUUUCUCAAGAAUCUCUUACACCUGGAAAACUGGAAAUUAAUUUUGAAGAAUUAUUAAAACAAAAAAUGGAAGAAGAAAAACGACGAACAGAGGAGGAGAGGAAGCAUAAGUUAGAGAUGGAAAAACAGGAAUUUGAACAACUGAGACAAGAAAUGGGAGAGGAAGAGGAAGAACAUGAAACCUUUGAACUGAGUAAGGAAUAUGAAGAAUUAAUCAAAUUGAAAAGAAGUGGCUCUAUUCAAGCUAAAAAUUUAAAAAGCAAGUUUGAAAAAAUUGGACAACUGUCUGAAAAAGAAAUACAGAAAAAGAUAGAAGAAGAACGAGCAAAAAGGAGAGCAAUUGACCUUGAAAUUAAAGAGCGAGAAGCAGAAAACUUUCAUGAGGAAGAAGAUGUUGAUGUCAAGCCUGCAAAAAAAAGUGAGGCUCCAUUUACUCAUAAAGUGAAUAUGAAAGCUAGAUUUGAACAAAUGGCUAAGGCAAGAGAAGAAGAAGAACAAAGAAGAAUUGAAGAACAAAAGUUACUACGCAUGCAGUUUGAACAAAAGGAAAUUGAUGCAGCACUGCAAAAGAAAAGAGAAGAGGAGGAGGAGGAAGAAGGUGGUAGCAUCAUGAACGGUUCCACUAUUGAAGAUGAGGAGCAAACGAGAUCAGGAGCUCCGUGGUUCAAGAAGCCUCUAAAAAACACAUCGGUUGUAGACAGUGAGCCAGUUAGAUUUACUGUUAAAGUAACAGGAGAACCAAAACCGGAAAUUACAUGGUGGUUUGAAGGAGAAAUACUGCAAGAUGGAGAAGACUACCAAUAUAUUGAAAGAGGAGAAACUUACUGCCUUUAUUUACCAGAAACUUUCCCAGAAGAUGAAGGAGAAUAUAUGUGUAAAGCGGUCAACAACAAAGGCUCUGCAGCUAGUACCUGUAUUCUUACAAUUGAAACUGAUGACUACUAGCUCCCCUUCCCUCUCCCUGGAACUUUCUCUUUCUCUCUUCCCCCCUCCGAAUUUCUUACUACAUCCAUGUUUUCUGUGGCGGGGUCAAAAAUGGAAACCGGAAGUGCCACUAUAUUGACUUUUUAUUCCUUUUCCUAACAGUCUACAAAACACAAACUCAUCUAAAGAAUACCUUCUUCCUUUCCAAAUCAUCACCAGAUUCGUCGCCAUUAUGCAGAAGUUAAUAUGUAUUUAAUGGAGUAGAGUGGAAAAGUUAUUCAAUUAUUCUAAGUUUCUAGCAAUUAUGUUUUAAAGAUCACAAAACACAUUUUGCAUGAGAAAAAUGACAUUUGAGCUAUUUACACCUAAAAUUAAUGAAGACUUCAUGAAUUUGGAACUUAUCAAGUUUUUAAUAGUCAUUGUUUUUCUUGUAGUUUUAAAGUCUUUCUGAAGUAGAGAGGGAAAAGGGGGAGCAUGGAGAGCAACAAAAAAGUUAAGACUUUUCAGGAGAAAAUGUAAUGGAAACCACUUCCUAACUAGAAUUCUGAGUGUUGAGACUAUGAACAUGUACUAUUCAAAUGUGUGUUAUAUUCAAGCUUGUAAGGCAAAUUUAUGUUGUGACCUCGACUGAACAAAUUAUAUUUUAAUAAGAAACUUUGUAUCAGUAGUUCAUGUAGGAGAAAACACUUUGAACAUAACUGAAGAUUUCAAGGUCUAACAGGGAAAAAAGGCACAACCUUCAAUUUUAAAAUCUGGUCUAAAGUUUGUAAAUAAUUACCAUAUUCUACUACCAAGUUGUUUUAUAUUUUAGUUUUCUGCAAGACAGUUUUAUUUUACAAUGUAAACCCAUAAUAAAAUAACUUGUGUAUUAAAAAUAAAGUCUUUCAAU